AUGGAGAUCUCAAAGCCCCAAUCGUUCUUCCAAGACAUCAGAUCCAGAGAGCUACAUGGAUUCAGAGCUCCAAAGCGACCGUACAUCAAUGGCCUGGCAUCAGAUUUCUAUGAAAUUGGGGCCAUUGCUGCUGAACACAACGGCCCUCCAAUGGCGAUUUCGUUUGGCAAGACGUGUAAAAACUCUGACAUUGUCGCAAUGUCAGACGAAGAUGGGUACCUGAGCUUGUUCGAUACACGUCGCAAGUUCUCUGCAUCAGCAUCUUUCCAAGAAAAUGCAGAUAAAACUAAGGUGUGUGAUUGGGUUGCACAUCAAAAUGCUGUGUUUGACGUCUGUUGGAUUAAGGAUGAUACUCAAAUUAUGACAGCUUCUGGUGAUCAAACUAUCAAGGUAUGGGAUAUUCAGGAAAAGAAAUGUACUGCAAUACUGAUGGGGCACACAGGAAGUGUGAAAUCUCUCUGUCCUCAUCCAACUAAUCCUGAGAUUAUUGUCUCUGGUUCGAGAGAUGGCUCCUUUGCUCUUUGGGAUAUGAGAUGUAAUUCAAGCUCCAAAAAUAUUCACGGGGAGAUUGCAAUAUGCUCAACUGCUGUGGUUAAAGGGGCUCAUCUUUUUCCUCGGGCAAAGCGUGUAAGGCGCGGAAAGGCUGCUUCCAUGAGCAUCACAUCAGUUCUUUAUCUUAAAGACGAGGUUUCCAUUGCUACUGCCGGAGCUGUGGACAGCAUUGUCAAGUUUUGGGAUACUAGAAGUUUGAAAAAUGUCGUCACACAGACAUCCCCUCACCUAGAGUCUACUGAGAAGAUUAUAUUGACCUAUAAAGAUGACCUGAGCCUUGAUGUCCACCUUGAUGAUAUGUGGUGGACAGCAAUAGCUGGAGAUCUGGUCAUAUUGGGUGUGCGUGAAAGAAGAUUACAUGGUAUAACUAGCUUAUCCCAAGAUUUAAACGGAGUGUUUAUUUCAGCCUCAUGUAUGGACAACAGAAUAUAUUUGUAUAAUGUACUUCAGCUACAAAAGGGUCCUAUGCAAUCUUUCAGUGGAUGUAGGAUUGAAUCUUUUUUUGUAAAGUCAGUUCUUAGCCCUGAUGCUGCUCACAUGCUCAGUGGUUCCAGCGAUGGAAAUGCCUAUAUUUGGCAGAUACUGACCCUGUUGGCAAUCUCAACCCAGGUAAACAAGCCUCAAGAAGAUCCUAUAAUAUUGAAAAGCCAUGACGGAGAAGUUACAGCAGUGGAUUGGUCCCAUUUUGAGGUUGGGAAGAUGGCAACUUCUUCGGAUGAUUUUACAGUUCGCAUUUGGAACUCUCAGAAUAGUUACGGCCCAAGCUCAAACUCACCAUCUGUCAUCCGGAGGAGAGUCAUGGCAAUCCCAGGUGCAGAAUGUAGAAAGCUUCUAAUGAAUGAAUCAAUUCAUACGUCAAAGGACUCUGGAAAUUUGUGUCCGUCAGACGACGGAUUGGAUGAAUCUAGUUCAAGAAAACCAAUUAAAAUGCCGAAAAUCAGUACUCCCCAAUCUCAGAAGAAACAAUCUAUGGCAGAUUCUGACUUUAUUGAAACCUUUGAAAAGACCCCAGAUGCUGCGUUGAAGAGCCCUUCUUCUGUUCUGAACCCUCCUUCCUCUCUAAAAAGGAAAACAAUCCGAGAUUACUUUGGAGUACCUACUUUAAACUUGUAG